AUGGAUACUUCAGCUCCUUCACCAUUUGUCAAUGGAGAGACUCUGAAGAUGUUUCCUGGGCGACGAGUGCGCACAGUGGUUCAAGUCCAACACAAUGAAGGUGGAGUUCUUCUCGGGCUGUCCACUGAUGGACAUCAGUUGACUAUCAGAGGUGCCACUGGUGCCCCUGAACCACCACACUACAUUGAGGUUAUUGGGAUCGCUGACAGCAGCCUGUCCAUCCGUGCUGAAUCUUGCACUGAUUUUGGUGAAAACUUUGAUGGUGUGGCAUUCAACGGGCUAUGCAAGCUUGUGAAUGACAAGUACAAGUACCUGUUCCUGUAG